GACUCAGUCCCCGCCUGGUGUGCGCGCCAUCAGCAGCAUGAGGCGAGGGGCGAGGAGCCUGAAGGGCAGGGACGGGUCGGCGCCCACGCAGUGCGUCCAGGCCGAGUGCUUCGACCCGCUGGUCCGCAACUGCGUGGCCUGCAGGCUCCUCCGGACGCCCGAGCCUAGACCGGCCUCGCCUCCCUCCGACCCUCCCCCUCUCCGGCCGUCCCUCCUCUCCGCCCCCUGCCCUCCCUCCCCGUCCCCUCCAGCAGCCGCGGGGAGCAGCCUGGCGCCUGGCACGGCUCUGCAGCCGGAGGAGUCGGUGGGCGCGGGGGUCGCCGAGGCCGAGGCCACGCUGCCGCUCCCCGCGCUGCUCUUCGGCGCCCCCGCGGGGCUGGGUCUGGCGCUGGCCCUGGUCCUGGUGGGCCUGGUGAGCUGGCGGUGGCGGAGGCGGCGGCUCGGCGGGGUGGCUGCCUCCGAGGCCCCGGACGGAGACCAGGACGAGGCCCUGGACAAUGUCAUCGUCGUCUCCCCUGGACUGCUUGAUGCCAAAACUCCCAUCUGGCCUCCACCCAGAGAAGACCCAGAUGCCACCCCACCUGCCCACAGUGUCCCUGUGCCAGCCACAGAGCUGGGCUCCACUGAGCUGGUGACCACCAAGACGGCUGGCCCUGAACAACAGUAGCGAUGGAGGGGGCAGGAGGUGGCCCUUGCUCUCCCUGUGAAUUUGGCUAUUCACACCAGCACCCACCUGCCCAUUUUCUGGGAGCCAGGCUGCUCCCCCACUAACCCUGCAGAACCACAGACACCACAGACCACAAGGUUCAGCUGGCAUAGCAUCAUAUGGCACGUUAGCAUUUGGCUUAAAACCAUACCAUUUUUGGCAGCCCUCGAAGGUUGUGGCUGAGCUCCUGUGUUUUUGAGUGGUUAAGGCACUUUGAGUAGCAGGUUUUCCUUUUAGAGUGGGAAAGCCACCAUUAAGCCAGAAUGAAUCUAGGUAAAGGACCAAGUGAUAUAGGAUGCUUAAUUUGUAGCUAGGUGUUAUAUUUUUUUUAAUACUUGCUCUCUGAGCUGUUCUGCUUUUAACCUGAUGCAAAUGGCAGCAAUGAGUAACCAACUGGCAGGUUUGCUUUGGGAUUUAGUACAAGAUGAUUUUUAGAAAUAGCCUAGAUUGUGCUGAUUCUUGUGUAUCUGUACCCUAGGGUCAACCUUGAGCUUGGCCCAAUCUGCUAGGACCUAUGAUGCCAUUUUCUCCCUGGAGGCAGCUUCCAGAGCCCAAGGCUUACACUUGGGAGGAAGUCUACAGCCUCUGGGGCUGGACUGCAAGCUCAUGCUGAAGGCACACUGGCAGACAUCUCCCUCAGAGAUCACUGGGGUCCCAGUUGCCUCCAAGGCACACUCAGCUGUACGCAGGGCAGGGCUCAGGACCUACAGGAGGCUCCUUUGUACAGAGGCCAGGGCAGGCCUGUAGCCUUGAACCAGCUGGACCUGAUGUCCCUUGAGCUCCCUUCUCUCUGUGGCCUGCCCUCCUCAAGCACUAGGCUCUGAGUGCUGGGGCCACUUGGCCGUACUGUGCCAGCCCCUGGAGUCACCCACCAUCCCAGUGGAACUACUCCUCUGACAGCGGUGUCCCUUGUUUGGGGCCUGGAGUGAAGACCUUCUCUUUCAGUACUGGACCACACUGUACACUUGGUCAGCUGCUUCCUCUCCUGCUGGCUCUCCGACACAGGGUUAAAACCUCCUGACCUGGACUCUGCCCUGGACAGUGUCCUUGGAACUUGUCACGGCUUAGCACCCUUGGAAGGAGCACUGGACUGGGAGUCAGAAGAUGGAGUUCUGGGUACCAUUUUCUCCCACUGUAGGGCCUUGGACACGUUCUGUUCCAUGCAUGAGAUGCUUUCUGCCUACCCUUUCCUGACCUGCCCAUCAGAGCUGCCUGGCAGACACCUGCCCUUCCUGUCCACCCCUUUCCCAACUCAGAAGACAGCGGCCAGCAGCUUUGGAGCCCCCAAGAUCUGGACACUCACAUCGAGGUCUCUUCCUAGCUGCUCCCUCCCUGAGCCCAUCUCAGAUGCCCCUCCCCCCAGGCUGCCAGGUGGCUGGAGUGAGGUCAGGUGGCAGGCAGUAGGCAGGAAGGUGGGGGGCAGGCCCAGAAAGGGCCCAGCCAUCCACUCCCCUCCAUCUAAGGGUUGGGGGAGUAUGAGCUGUUCCCAGCCACCCUUAUCUCCCACCCCACCUUUUCCACCACAGCCAGGGGCGGCUGGGCCCUGGAGGCAAAACAAGUGGGUGAAACCCCUCUGGGGCCCAGACAUGCAAAGCUCUGGCACCACUGGGUCCCGGCUGAACCUCUGGCUGGUAUGCAGCUUCCCCUCUGGUCUCAGUUUCCUUUUCUGAAAAAUGGGGGUUGGAUACAAAGUUCUCCUCCCGGCCUAUGGCCCUCAGAGGAGAAGGACUGGAAAGAAACUUAGGGAACCCUCACUUCCCCAUUUUACAGAUGAGGAAACUGAGGCCCAGAGAGGGAGGAGACUUGGCAUCGUUGUCAUCCAGCAAAUAACAGAAGGAAAGUUCCUUGGGGAAGAACCAGGAGCAGAGGCCCAGGGAGAGGUGGGCAAGGAGGGGGUCAGUCUCCCCCAGCCCAGAAAAGGGCCCCACCUCCAAGGGACCUCUAGUCGCCAGCCUUCUGUCCUAGGUGUUGCUUUCCAAGGAGCCUUCAUGAGGUCACUGCGUUUGAUCUUCAUGACAGCACUUGGAGGAGGGACGUGGGUGUUUGUGUUUGCUUUUAAAAAGCAUUUUUUAUUUGUAGACACUUUGGAAAGUUCUGGACAGUAAUCCAGGGUGGAGUCUAUGGAGAAAUGACCCAUAAUCCAGUGAAGCCAGGCCCCUGAGGGGUGGGUUCUCCUACAGAAUUGUAAUCAUUCUAUACAGAUAAAGCCAGCUCUUGACCAUCGCA